AUGGAUUGUGAGGAGACAUCUGAUGUGAAGGAUUCAACCUUGGUGUGUGUUCAUUGUCAGUGCUCCAUUUCGCUGGCUGAUGGACAGAAUAAAUGGCCAGUUACAACCUGCAUAAGUGGUUUAACACACAUUUCUGAUAUUCUACAUGAGAAGGUGCCAGACUGCAAGUUUACAGUUUCUGAUGACAGUUUUGUUUGUAAAAAAUGCUUCACAGUGUUGGAAAAGAUUGUGAAAAAACAAGAAGUUGCUUCCUUGAUGCAGAAGGAAAGCUUACAAGCUGAGUUAGAGCUGAAGAUGUUGAUGUCUGGAGUACAACUGGAGGGGAUGGAUAAAGAAGAGCUUGAUAAGGUUUUACUGGACAGGGAUACAGCGAAGUCUGAAGAUGACGGUUCACGAGUAGCUAGAGUAGAAUGGUUUGCCAUGAUGACUGAUCGCAAGUCUCAACAGUUAGUGGCUCACUGCUCUAAAAACGGGGCGAAAUUUGUGGAGAAAAAUCAAGAAAUUUUCAAAAUGUUCCCACAGUUUUGUUUCUCUGAUAACGGAUCACGUACUGAAAUGGACCACAACUACUCGAGCAAAGAAAGUAGUGGUGAUAAAGAUGAAGAGAAGAAAGUCAACAAACAGGAAGAUUCAGUGAAAGAAAACACAGAAGCUGUUCCUUCGUCAUCAAAAUCCAGGAGGAGGAAAGCUAUACCUGCAAAGGCGGCUUCACCAACAAAGACAUCAAACGAAGAUGCUGAAAAAUUGAAACCUAAACCUGUUCAAGUAAGCAGAAAGAGACGCAGAUCUAAGGUAGCAGAUGAAGAUCCAAAUUUUGAACCAACAACUGAUUCAAAAGCACAGGCCUUCGAAUCAACACAAUGCCAUCGAGGUACACGAUCUGCAUUACGAGUAGCUCUUAGAACUAGAAAAGGCAUAGGUCCAGAUAAGGACCAUUCAUAUUCAUCGUUUGCGGGCUAUUCCACUCCCAAAACAGAUAAACCUAAGAAAGAAAAAGGUCGCAAGGAAGAGUGCAAAAAUUUUGUUCCUUCUCACAUUGAUGUCUUUUCUCUUGAUCAUCCUGGAAAUAAGGAAGUAGCUGAUAAAAUCUUGACUACGUUCCAGAAAAUUGACCCCGAUAAGCCUUCACCAAAUUCACCAAGAGAUUCAUCUAAACCAUGGGCAUGUUUACGGUGUACUUUUGUCACAACAUGCCGAAAACGUGCACUGCUUCAUUUCCGGUUAGUGCACGAUUUGAGGGAUCUGUGGUCUCGUUUUCAUAUUUGUCAGAUAAUGCCAGAAAAAGGCAAAGAGGAUGAGGAGUUGCAAGAUCAGUACCGUCUGCAUCGCCCUUUACUCUGUGUUUUGUGUGGUAGAGACUACGUCAACAAGUCAGCUGAGUUCCACGUCACUAAGGAUCACCCUGGGAUUACCAGUAAACAGAUACCUCUCAUCAUCAUUAAGAAAGAAGCUGGUCCAAAACUGAUCAUUCUGUAUUUGUAUGGUCGACCCCCAAUUACUUAUCUGCUUGAUACCAAAGGUCGUCUUCAUGAGGUCAAAAAGAUCAACACCUCAUCCCUGAAACAGAAAGUAUCCUUUGCUUUCCAGGAAAUAAAGCCGUCUGUUCCUAUCAGUAUUGACGGUGAGGUGAAGGAAGAAGAUGAAGAAGAUUUGGAGAGCACCUCGCGGUAUAAGGUAGAGGUCAUAAUGUAUGGCUGUUCUCUGGCAGAGGGCCAGCCAGGAAGUCUAUCAAUCUUUGCUAGUGAGGAUGUAAGUAAACCUCCAGAAGAUUUGUCUACGUUACGCACCAAGCUCCUAGAAAGAGUCCGUAUUGGCACCAGUUUGCCUACUAAAAAGACAAAAAUCAAUGCGUCUAACAAAAUAGAAGAACCGAGAUAUACUUGUAAAGUGUGCCAUGCCGCGUCCAACUCUAGGAACAUACAGGAAAUGCACCACAUUAAUCAUCCAAAACAAGUUGGCAAAUGGGAAUGUACACUUUGUGGGGAGCGCUUCACGAAAGCCAAUCUCAUCCUCACUCAUAUAGGUAUCUUCCACGACCUUCUGGCACAACAGGCACUUUCUCAUAUGAAAGCUAUUGGAGUGGAAACUUCUGCAAAAUUGCUAUACAACCAAGAGAAAAAAGAGCAUUCAGAUAACGAGAAUGAGGGAGCAAUUUCUGAAGGAGCAGAGGAUUGUGGGACUGAAAAUGAUAAAUCGAAGUUGGAAGAGUCGAAUGGGAAUGAUGAAGCAGUUUGUAGUCUCCCGUCCACUGAAGAAAUUAAUGUUUGGAAGAAACAGCUUGAAAACAUUAAGCACUGUGAAGUGUGUUGUAAGGCUAUGAAUACUAAUGCGGCACUAAUGAAACACAUGAGAGUAGCCCACAAGAUUAGGAACUACAGAUGUCCAGUAUGUAGCAUGUCUUUCAUUUCCUAUAGCUACCUUGUAUACCACAUGGAGGAAUCACACCAAACUAGCACCAACAAUAGUAACUACCUGUGUACGUCCUGUAGCCGAGUAUUCACAAGCAGAAAUGACUUUGUCCAACACUGUGUUAACCAUAUCAAAGAAAACUUCAGAUGCAAUAUAUGUAAUGAAGUUUUGUUGUCUGCAGACAAACUGAGUCUGCACAUGAAGAGUCAUUUUCCUAAAAAGGCACUACUUGACACGCCUUACGUCUGUCCAAUAUGUAACAAGGUCAUCAAAGAGAGGAAGAAAGUGGAGAUGCACUUGAUCACACAUUGUACCACAAUGAUAGAAGCCUAUAGGUGCACCAUGUGUACAAAAACUUGUGUGACAGAGCAGGGUCUACGUACACACAUGGAGGGACACAAGCAGAAUAAGGAGAUGGUUUGCCAUAUCUGUGGUAAAGUGUUCAAACGACCACACCGUCUGCGAGAUCAUCUACGAAUGCAUGAAAAUCCUGAUCCUUUCAAAUGCAGAAUCUGCCACAAGAUGGUAUCCUCGGAAGAAGGCAUGAAACGGCACAUGGAGCUUGUGCAUUCCACGACAAGGAAGAAAGAAGUGGUUUGUCAUCUCUGUGGUAAAGAGCUUGCCAGCAAUUACUCCCUUACCAUGCACUUGAAAUUGGUGCACAAUCCAAACAAGGUCAAAAGGCCUUUGAAAAAUCGUCAAUGCCAGUAUUGUAACAAGGUUUAUAUUAAACCAUAUCAGUUAACUCAUCACAUUGACGUUCACCAUGCUGGGCGAAACUUUUACCCGUGUAAGUACUGUGGAGAGACAUUUAGUAGUCGAUCAUUGUACAGAAGGCAUGUCGAUAUUCAUCCAGAGUUUAAACCAUGGCGAUGUAAAUUCUGUCCUGAAAAGUUCGUGUUCCAGAAAACUCUUAUUGAUCACAUCACACAGAAUCACCCAGGACAGGAAAACGCUAAAGUGGAGACACGAUUCGCAUGUAAUAUAUGCGGAAACACAUAUGGUAAGCUUUGGUCAUUACGGAAUCAUUUAGACGUUGAACACAACGACCAACGUGAAUUGGCAAACUGUGAAAAGAUAAAAUUUUACUGUCCUUUCUGUAAUCGUGGCUUCCUCUAUAAAACAGGAUUAGACAUUCACAUGGCCAAGACACACAAACAGGAAAUGGCUGUCACGAACUCUGAGCUGAUUGCCGUUGAGGCUGUGGCUCACGAGGAAACAGUGGCAGCAGUGGAGGCUGCUACAGAGGCUGCUGCAGACGAAACCUGCAUAAUAGAGGCUCCAGCUACCAUUACGCUUGAGCAAGAAGAAGCUGUACAACUUCUAAGUCAACUGCAAUUCCAGGUGGAACAGAAUUACAUCAUUCAGUAGAUUUUCUACCUGUGUUAAAUUUAUUAAGGAUUGUGUGGUUUAUGUGUGUGUUCGAAGUACCAGGAAAACCAAGUAAUACAUUCACUAGGUAUUUUAAUUUUGAGCAGGAAAACAGGAUGAUUGAUUCGUGCCAAAUUAGCUGCAGUAUGGAUAGUAUACCAUGGUACUUUACUUUUGUAUCCACAGGGACUUGGAAUAUCACGGUUAUAACUAUUCACUUAUGUGUCUUUUGUACAUCUUUAUUACUUUCGUAUCCAUGGAGACUUGGGCUACCAAGGUAGUUUUACUUUAAUAUCCACAGAGACUUGGGGCUACCAAGGUAAUUUACUUUUGUAUCCAUGGAGACAAGGACUACCAGGGUUGUUUACUUUUGUAUCC